AUGGCACGGCACGCCAAGACGGACUCCGACGUGACGAGCCUGGCGCCGUCGUCCCCGCCGCGGUCGCCGCGCCGCCCGUCCUACUACGUGCUCAGCCCCGCCGCCUCCCACCCGGACGUCGUGGCCUCAGGCGGCGGCGGCAUCGGCGCCAGCGCCACGGCCGAGAAGAUGUCGCUUGCGGGGUCCACCCCGGCCGAGUCCCCGCUCCACUACGGCUUCCACCACCACCACCACUCGGGCGGCGCCGCCGCGACGCACCACUCCCGCGAGUCCUCCACCGGCCGCCUCCUCUUCUCCGACCAGCUCCGCUCCGGCGGGCCCGCGGGGGCCGUGCCCUGGCGCCGCCUCGGCCACGGCAGCGGCGCCGGGAGCGUGGGCGACGACGACGACGAGGAGGACGGCGGGCGGUCCGGGUCGCCGUCGCCCUGGCGGUGCUACGCGCUGGCGGCGCUCGCGUUCGUCGCCGUCUUCGCCUUCUUCCUGCUGGUGCUCUGGGGCGCCAGCAAGUCCUACAAGCCCCACGUCGAGGUCAAGAGCGUGGUGUUCGAGUCGUACCACAUCCAGGGCGGCACGGACCGGACGGGCGUCCCUACCAGGAUGAUGUCGGUCAACGCCACGGUCAGGCUGCGGUUCCGCAACCGGGGCACCUUCUUCGGCCUCCACGUCACCGCCACGCCCUUCCACCUCUACUUCGACGACCUCACCGUCGCCGCCGGAAACAUGAAGGAGUUCUACCAGGCGCGGCGGAGCGGCCGCGUGGUGACCGUGUCCGUGGUGGGGAGGCAGGUCCCGCUCUACGGCGCCGGCGCCGACCUGCACAGCAAGCCCAACAACGGCCGCCUCGGCCCCGCCGUCGUGCCCGUCAGGCUCGCCUUCCUGCUCCGCGCGCGCGCGCACAUCCUCGGCGCCCUCCUCCGCUCCAAGUUCUACCGCCGCGUCGGCUGCCGCCUCGACGUCCGCGAGGCGCACCUCGGCAGGCCCGUGCGCGGGGUCGCCGCCGACUGCGAGUACCACGACGGGAGGUGA